AUGAAAUUCUCUACUGGUGACAAUGGUCAAGACAAGGAUGAUGAUCUCCAGAUGCUUGACAUCCCGGAAUUGAUAGACGCUGACAGCGAGUCAGACUCCGAGACCGAUUCGGGCACCAGCUUGCCCAUUGAGCGCUUCAGCAACGGGCCGCUACACGACAAAGCCACCAUAUUGCAGUUCCAGCUCAAUCCAAACAACAACACGGGUAUGAUGUAUGAGUCUGCCAGAAGUGCCAUUCACCCCCAGGAGGUUCGGUUGUAUGAGUUCAGCCUCCCUGGCAUUGAGGACUCGCCGCAGUACCACAACUACCUCGCCCAAUUGUACAAAAACUUUGAGUUUCUCGGCGACGCCUCCAAGUACCGCGUGCCGCUGAUUGGGUUGGUGUCGCAGUCCAACACCCAGGAAACCAGAAACUUGAACAACGCGCUCAACUACAUAACGGAGGAGUUGUCGCGAUUGAUCGAUCAGAGCGAUGAUGACAGGCUCUACGAGUUACUAAACAUCCUCAAGUGUCUCAACGCGGUAUACUUCAUAACCAACGAGAACGACCGCUGUCAACAGUUGUUCGAGUGGAUCAAUAUGGCAGACGGAGAGCCGGACCUAGAGUUUGCGCGGGAUAUCAUGGAAUCUGCAGUACCGUUCCAGCACGGCGAUUUCUGGGCAUUGAUCGUGAAGUUGGUUACCCGAGGGUUGUUCAAUGAAGCCAAAAACGCCUUAGAGCAGUCCAAUUACACCACCGGCGACUCAGAGUCCCAGCUAGACCUCGUACUCGCGGAUAUGGCGGCGAUUUUUGGGUCAUACAACGAAAUGGUGCUCAAGGACCAGUUUGGGGAGUGGAAACAGCAGGCCAGAGAAUUGAAGGAUAACUUGACCCACGGCGAGUUCUUUUCCGAGUCCACAGGCGAAAACUUGACCAUAAAGAAGGUGUACCAGAUCCUCUCGAUCAUCACCGGACUGAGAGAAACGCUUCUUAACUCCUGCGACUCCUGGUACGAAGCGUUUGCGGCGUUGCUGAGUUUCGGGAUCAGAGAAACCGGCCAGGAUAGUGAGCUAAUGGCCAAAAUACUCAAGCUCGCCACCACCGCCCACCCCCCACCGGUAUCCAGUUCUGGCUCCGGCGCCUGGGAACGUACUUGCAUCGAUGUCAUCGAGGGUAACUUCCUCAAAGUAUUACGAUCCAUCGAGGUGUUGGACAAGCCGACCGUCGCGUACGUCUCCAGACUAUUCGAAGCCAAGGGUUUUCUAGACCAAUAUAAAGAACACUCCAACACCCAUACAUCCAACCUAGACGACAUUUCGGGGUACUUCUUGACCGACCAUGCCUUAACAUGCUUGGAAUCCGGCAAUCAAGCUCUUGUUGCAAUGGGUGUAGGGAUUUUAUCUCACCUUGGUACCUCUCUUUCGCGCUCCACCAUUGCGAACUACCUUUGCGGCUUUGAUAUCCAGACAAACGAUGACUUAGAAUGGGCGCUUUCGGUUGCGGCGAAGCUAGAGCUCACGUCUGUGGCCGAAACGCUCUACCGCGUCGCAGCCCAGAAAUCUUUGAGAGCCGGCAGGGUGCUUGAGUCGCUCACCAUGUUCAGCCGUGGGAAAGAUGUGUCUAGCGUGAAACACAACUGUUGGUUGGUGUUUGAAAAAGCGUUGCUUGAUGGGUGCCCGAUCAACGACGCCCUGAUUAACGAUGUGGUUACCCAUACGAUCGAGGCUCCCCCGGUGAUCAGGCAGUGUAUCGCACCAUACGCCGUGCUUGUGGAGUUCUACAACCAGAGAAGCAAUGACUCGUCAAGACAGGCGGUCUUGAAGCUCUUUAACUUGUUGAAGUUUCCGCACUUGCCAAAAAAGUAUUCCCCGGUGUUGGUGGCUAACUUGCUACCGUUCAUCACGUUGGAAUCGUUGGCUAGGUUGUUGACCCUUCACGAAUUGAUCAUGAUCAUUCUCAUCAUCGACAACUACGAGACAGAAAAGACGCUUGACGCUGAAGAUGCGGAGGCGUUGUACACGAUUGCCGUGGCCGGAGGCGGGGGUGAUGACAACGACUGGAGGGUCCGCUUGUCUCUGUAUGGAGCGGAGAUUCCACAGACCGUUGCUGAGUUGGUGACAACCUUGCGAAAGAGAAUUGCUGCCCAGGUCAGCUCCACGUUUUUAGAAGAGGUAUGA